AUGGCAGCAGAGAGGGAGCCCCCACCGCUUGGGGAUGGGAGACACACUGACUUUGAGGAGCUGGAUGACGGCGAGGACCUCUUCACCAGCACAGUGUCCACCAUGGAGGUGAGGGCACCAUCCUCUAGUGUCAGGGUUCUUCCUGUUAUCUUCUUCUCUGGGCUUCCUGCUCAGGGGGAGAUCAUGUGACCAGUAGAAGGCCUGGGGUGUCCUCACAUACACCACUCUACUGUGUCAUGUCAUGUGUAUCCCCUGUCCUGUGUGCAGCCCCUCAGUGUGACCAUACAGCCAGGCCUUGGGCCAGCACAGAGCAUCCCUUCUAUGUACCUACCUGGACAGAAAGUGACCCCCUGCACAGUGACAGCCUAUAGAGCAUCCCUUCUAUGUACCUACCUGGACAGAAAGUGACCCCCUGCACAGUCACAGCCUGCAGAGCAUCCCUUAUAUGUACCUACCUAGACAGAAAGUGACCCCCUGCACAGUCACAGCCUGCAGAGCAUCCCUUCUAUGUACCUACCUAGACAGAAAGUGACCCCCUGCACAGUCAGUCAGAGCCUACAGAGCAUCCCUUCUAUGUACCUACCUAGACAGAAAGUGACCCCCUGCACAGUCACAGCCUAUAGAGCAUCCCUUCUAUGUACCUACCUGGACAGAAAGUGACCCCCUGCACAGUGACCGCCUAUAGAGCAUCCCUUCUAUGUACCUACCUGGACAGAAAGUGACCCCCUGCACAGUCACAGCCUAUAGAGCAUCCCUUCUAUGUACCUACCUAGACAGAAAGUGACCCCCUGCACAGUUAUACAGUCAGAGCCUACAGAGCAUCCCUUCUAUGUACCUACCUAGACAGAAAGUGACCCCCUGCACAGUCACAGCCUAUAGAGCAUCCCUUCUAUGUACCUACCUGGACAGAAAGUGACCCCCUGCACAGUGACCGCCUAUAGAGCAUCCCUUCUAUGUACCUACCUGGACAGAAAGUGACCCCCUGCACAGUCACAGCCUAUAGAGCAUCCCUUCUAUGUACCUACCUAGACAGAAAGUGACCCCCUGCACAGUCACACAGUCACAGCCUACAGAGCAUCCCUUCUGUGUACCUACCUAGACAGAAAGUGACCCCCUGCACAGUUAUACAGUCACAGCCUACAGAGCAUCCCUUCUAUGUACCCACCUAGACAGAAAGUGACCCCCUGCACAGUCACAGCCUGCAGAGCAUCCCUUCUAUGUACCUACCUAGACGGAAAGUGACCCCCUGCACAGUUAUACAGUCACAGCCUACAGAGCAUCCCUUCUAUGUACCUACGUGGACAGAAAGUGACCCCCUGCACAGUCACAGCCUACAGAGCAUCCCUUCUAUGUAUCUACCUAGACAGAAAGUGAUCCCCUGCACAGUCACACAGUCACAGCCUACAGAGCAUCCCUUUUAUGUACCUACCUAGACAGAAAGUGACCCCCUGCACAGUCACACAGUCACAGCCUGCAGAGCAUCCCUUCUGUGUACCUACCUGGACAGAAAGUGACCCCUGCACAGUUAUACAGUCACAGCCUACAGAGCAUCCCUUCUAUGUACCUACCUAGACAGAAAGUGACCCCCUGCACAGUCACAGCCUGCAGAGCAUCCCUUCUAUGUACCUACCCAGACAGAAAGUGACCCCCUGCACAGUUAUACAGUCACAGCCUACAGAGCAUCCCUUCUAUGUACCUACCUAG